AUGGCCAAGGACAAGUCGGAAGCUGAGAAGCGUGAGCGCAAGGAGGCGAAAAAGGACAAGAAGCGCAAGGCCGAGGAUGAAGGCGACGAUGUUCCGCGCAAAGAGAAGAAGAGCAAGCGCAAGAGCGAGGCCGCCGUUGAUGAGGAUGUUACCAUGGAUGUUGAUGGCGAGACCUCUUUGAUUCAAGUCGAGGGCGCCAACAGUUCCUCCGCGGUCCUGGCAAUCCCGCUUGCAGCUCUGGUGCCUUUCGCCAACCCUCUUGCCGACGACAAGUCGCAGAAGAAAGUGCUCAAGAGUGUAAAGAAGGCCGCCAAAGCCAAAGCCCUCAAGCGUGGCGUGAAAGAAUGUGUCAAAGCCAUCCGUAAAUCUCCGCCAGCGACACCAGCAACCCUCGCAUCCUCCGCUCUUCCCAAUGGAAUUGUAAUCCUCGCCGCCGACAUCUCACCCAUGGACGUCAUCAGCCAUAUUCCCGUCCUCUGCGAAGACCACGGAAUCCCAUACCUGUUCGUCCCAUCGCGUGCAGAGCUCGGAGCUGCAGGGAGCACGAAGCGUCCUACCAGUGUUGUGAUGCUUACGCCCGAGACCGGCAAGAAGGGCGAGGGUGGAGAUGAGUGGACAGAGGCUUACAAGGAGCUGGCGAAGCUGGCCGUUAAACUUGGUCAGGUUGUCAAGGUUUAA